UAUAUAACUUUAUCAAAUCUGCCAAAUUUAUUUCCACCGUCAUCAGUGGUUCUCACAAAUUGUGUGGGCAUAGGAUUAGAGCAAGAGAAGUAGUUUUUAUUUUAUCUUGCUCUGACAUAUUUAGUAUAGCUCACAGCACAGUAUUCUCUGCACUCCUUAUACCUCUUUCUUACUCUCUCCAGAGACUGAGCAUUUACUUAAGGGUCACGAGAUUGAUGAAGCUAAAUUCCAAUCUGAAUACAAGCACAUGAUGGAUCGAAUUGACAAGAAUAAGGAUGGAAAGAUCGAGAUGCGAGAGCUGGCUGAGCUACUCCUUGACCCCAAAGAAUCCUUUCUGCUUUUGUUUCGCUCACAGCAGCCAAUCUCCAGUAUCGAAUUCAUGAGGAUCUGGCGGGACUUUGACACUGAUAACAGUGGAUACAUCGAGGUCAACGAACUCAAGAGUUUCAUGAAACAUUUAGUAGAGAAGAAUAAUCUUGGAGAUAUAUCUGACGAAAAACUAGAUGAUUACGCCAAGAUGAUAUUGAAAGUUUUCGAUUCCAACAAUGACGGCAAACUAGAGCUAAAAGAAAUGGCCAAGCUCCUCCCAACGAAAGAGAAUUUCUUGAAACAAUUCCAGGGCCAAAGGAAACUGACGCGAGCAGAAUUUGAAAAGGUAUUCGUUCACUACGACACGGACAAUAAUGGUACAAUUGAGGGUGAUGAACUAAAAGGAUUCUUAAAGGAUCUUAUGGAGCAUGAGGGACAGCAGGAGUAUAGCAUGAACGAGUUGGAGAAAUGUUGUUCCACGCUUCUCAAAGUCUGCGAUCAGAACAACGAUAAUAAAAUUCAGAAAACAGAACUCGAAAUGAUCCUCCGCCCGACUGACUGUCCAGACCCUCAAGAAUGAUGUCAUACAUGGGACAGAUCACCUGACCCUGUCACAUGACGUGAUGUUUUAAGAUCAGCGGCGUGUGCGAGGGCACUGGAUAUGUACAGAAGUGCCCGCAUUUGCGCUAUAUUUGUCGACGACGCGCAUGCACGUUCAUAACUUUGCGUUAUAUUGCAUUGUUGUUGAAUUGUGCAUCAUGGGUCUGGUGUCCAUAGCCUUUUUUCGUUCACAGAGCUUACUAAAAAGCACUAGCAAAACAUGUACAUAGUAGAAUACUUGAGGGAAAUAUGUAUCACUUUACUAGCACAUGUACAAAUAUUUAUAUCAAAAAACAUUUAUCACUAUAUAUAUAUAUGAUAUAUAAUCUAUCAUAAAAACACUUAUUACGUCAGUUGGAAAUAAUUACGACUACUGCAACAAUUAGCAGUACGAAAUGGAGAGUUAAAACACAACUCCCAAAGUAAAAGUAAGCAUAUAUCGUAGCAAUUAGAUUUAGAAUUUGUGGUGACAUGCUCAUGAUGUACUGAUAACAGUUUUGUGUCACGAUUUCAAAAUAGACGUAGAGUGUUUUUAAAAAUGUGUAAACAUAACUAUUUCAAGACUAUGCAUAAACGUGGUUGCAUCUAAAAAUGACGUAACAUUGCUCGUGAACAGAUUAUCACGCAGCAUAUUAUAUUGUGUGGUGAGUUCACUUUUUUAAAUUUCCCUUUUGUUCAUGUCAUUUAUAAUUUGUUUAGAAAAUCUUUUUCACAUUUCUUGAGUAGAGUUGAUAGGUGCUAGGAUGCCAGGAGAUUACAUAUGGUUCAUUACAUCGGUUAUCAUAUUUCUGUUAAAUUUAUUUAUUAUCUUAGUGUUGAUAUAGACGAUGUGGAGCGCUCAAAGCCUUUAUGUUUUAUUGUUGUGCAAUUCAUCAAGUGCUUUCAUUUCAUCUAAAUUAUGUAAAUAAUAAAGCAGGAGAUCUUGAACGCAGCUAUGCAUUACAGCUUGCUUUUUGCAAUAAUUCCGCCAGACACGCAUUGAAAAAAACGUAAAAUUGCAUAGAGUGACUUGCAUAGUUGCAACUCGUUGCCGAUUUUUUUGAACUUGAGAAAACAAAUCGGACCAAAUAUAUCCAGAUCAUAAUUCAUUCUACAAUAAAAGUUACAUAUUCACUGGCAUGUCACCAUUUAUGAUUUUCCAUGCAACGUUAUCCUCCAAAUACAAUAAUUAUAAUACAGUUCAACAGUAAUGUCUUAGACAACAUAAUUUAGAAAGGUAACUUGGUAAUGUAUUUAACAUUUGUGGAAAUUGUCACAUCCCGUUGUAUUGUUCUAACCAUUUUCUGAAAUAUACUUCUUGUCAAAGUAACAUAACAUUUUAGACUAUAUCUACCAUAUUGUUUAAUCACUUCAUAUGAAUAUUUUUUUUAAUACAUUUUUGUUUCAAUAACCCCAAGAAAUUUUACUCCCAUAAACGAAAACAAAUUGAAGUUAAGAAUACGUGAUGAUGAAAUAUAGAAGAAACUAUUUGCAGCUAAAAUUUCGAUCAUUAUAUAUAUUAUACUUCAAAUAAUUAUUGAAUUCACCCUCUAAAUACAUAUAAAACCUAGGUUCGUACAAUUUGAAACAUAAAGUAAAUAAAAAAUUCUAAUGCUUAAAAGCCCCGAGCAUAUUUAUUUUCAAGCAAUAUUUCCCACACUCAAUUUUGUAUUCACAUCAAACUUGAUUCUUAAGUGCACUUUGAAACAAAAAUAUUUAAAAAAAACAUAUGAAAUUUAAUGUUUCGAUCCCAUCUUUAGAUGCUAUUCUUAAACAAAAGUCCGAAGUCUAUUCGCAUCUUUAGAAUAAAGUUUCAAAGAAAUUUGAUUGUAUAGCGCCAUGUUGAUAAAGAUAUCGAUUCAAGUUGAUGAAUCUAUUAUUAUUUCUCCUAGUCCACUGAUUCCGAAUUACGUCCAAAUUGUUUAUAUAUAGGCUUAGUUUAGAGAAACUCAUCGUAACAUGAAUAAACCUAAUUCGUUAGUCACAAACAUAUCCAUGACACAAUGAAUAUUAGGGAUCGGAUGAAGAAAUCACGACUUUUGGAAUCUGUAAAUCAACGACAAUAUCAAUAUACAUUACAAAAUAUCUCAAUUGAGAUGGUCAUUUUUAUAAAAACCAUAUUAAAUCGAACAUUCUCUUGAACCUAACAUCCCGCACAGAAGAAGGUAAAACGGAUUCCCACUGAUGCGGAGAUUGCAUCUCUGGCUGAUCAGAUGAUCAAAGCUUUGGACAAUAAUGGUGAUGGCGUCCUCAGCGUCGACGAACUGCAUAUGAUUAUCUGCAAAAGAUGAAAGACGAAUACUGAUUGACAGUAGCCUUAAGAGCCUCGUUGUUUGGACCAAAACAUUACUUUGAAUUACGAAAAAAAAAAUGAAAAAAAAGUUU